CCCAGAAGCCUUUGCGUUGGAGGAGCGUGCUUGCAACAGCAGGGAGCAUCGGGUUUGAUAGGGAUGUUUCCAUCAUGGCGGCAUCCAUUUCAGGUUAUACUUUUAGUUCUGUGUGUUAUCACAGCGCCAACACAAACGCAGAUCAUGAGGGCUUCCUAUUAGGAGAUGUAAGGCAAGAAGAGACUGUCAGCAUCAGUGACACACAGAUCAGCACUGCAGAGUUGCUCCAAGUAGUAGAAAUCCAUAACCAUGAUCCCUGUGCACAGUUAUUUAGCUUUUAUGACUACGCAGGCAAACUCAAUGAAGAAAACCUCAACACCAUUCUUAAAGAUAGGCGGAAAAACGUCAUUGGUUGGUACCGGUUCCGGAGGAACACGCAGCAGCAGAUGUCUUUCAGGGAACAGAUCAUCCACAAACAGCUGACUGAGCUGCUUGGUGUGCCCGACCUCGUCUUCCUUCUCUUCAGCUUCAUCUCCACCGCCAACAGCUCCACGCACGCACUGGAGUACGUGCUCUUCAGACCUAGCCGCAGUAGGUUCAACCAGAGGAUCACCCUCUCAAUCCCAAACCUUGGCAACACGAGCCAGCAGGAAUACAAAGUCUCCUCAGUGCCCAACACCUCGCUCAACUACACCCAGGUCAUCAAAGAGCAUGGGGCUGAAUUCUUUGACAAAGAUGGUGUGAUGAAGGAUAUCCGAACAAUAUUCCAAGUCUACAGUGCGCUACAGGAUAAAGUGCAGGCUGUGUGUGGGGAGGUAGAACAAAGUGAACGUGUGAAGGAGAAUAUUCAAGAGGAUGUGAACAAACUCAAACAACAAAUUGCUCUCAGGAAACGCAAGACGGCAGAAGAAGAGAGAAAGCUCCGUGAGGCCCAAAAUGCAGAAUCCCAUCCCACUCCAGAGGAGAACACAGAACCUUCUGAGGCGUCCCCUCUUUCCCGGAUAACUUUCCACACACCCUCUGCUCCGGAGCGGCCCAGUACCUCCCCUAACCCUUCAUCUUACACUGACCUCUUGUCCCAGGAUGACUCUCUGCUCCCCUCUUCGUCCCCGCCUACCAGUGCCGCUCUACUGCCCCGGCCUCAAGCUGUGGGCUCUCCAGGACACCCUACCCCUGGCCCGCUGGGGAUGGGCCUCGGGUUGGGCCUCGGGCUCGGUGCCAGCUCUAAUCCUGUUGCCGCUCCCAGUACCCCGUACCUUGGAAAUGGUGACGGAUCGAGCUCUGACUCAUUAGACAGACAAGCUGCAGGGCAGGAAGAUGACGAAGAAGAUGAGGAUGACGACAAGGAAGAAGACGAGGACAGUAGCGAAUAUGAGAACUUAGUGAGUGAAGCCGGUCAUCUGCCAAUGGUCUCUGCCAGCGUUUUAGCACAAGGCCGACCAGCUGCCCUCAGUCCGGAUGGGGACGCCCGUGGCUCACAGACCACAUAGAAACAUGCCACAGGGUGUGUACAGGACACAAAUAAGUGACGCACCUUGAGAGGUUGGCAUCUCAAGCAAUCAAAGAUAGACAAAAUAAGUGCCAGUCCUGAAAGUGAAAGGCAUGCACAGGUGGUGUCCCGCUGUGAGUGUUUCUUGUCUUCGUCUGAUCUCCAUUUUAAGGGGAAACUUUGCUCGGCUUUGCAGGCUUACCAGGUGUGUCUCACUGGGGGAAAAGUCGUCUGUGUUUUAUUUUUUAUUUUUGGAAUGGGGUCGGUCUCGGUACUUCAGUGUGGAUGUUUUUGGCUCUCUAAAAGACAGGCCCUGCUCCACUCUUUCUGUAUCUUUUUUGUUUCACAUCUGCAUCACCAAUUCUAAGCACCCACUCUUGCAUUACCUCUUGCACUAUUAUUUUUGCCUUCUUAUAAACAAUCUAUCUAAGAAAAGCAAAGGGGGGAUAUUUUGAGGCCUUCAAACUCUUUUUUGUAUUUUUUUUGUUUUUAAGAAGUAGGCAAAUGGUUUUUGUUUUUUUUGGGAAAAGAGAUCAAUUAUGUAACUAGAAUGUCUUUGACAUGCACAUUUCCCUCAUUUGAUUUUGGACAAUAGAUUUUCUUUUUCAUGUUCCACAGUCUUAAAUGAAUCAUACAGUUGCCUGUUUAAAUGAUUUAAACAAUAGAUUUCAAACAAAUUUUACUUUGCCACUUUUUAAAUGGGUUCUUUAUAUAGACAUAAUUAUAUAUAUAUAUUUUGUCAGAUUAAUAGUUAGUCUAAUUUGAUUGACAAGAAUGUCAAUGUCUUGUUCCUCUUGGUUAACACUGAACUUGUAUGCGCUUAACAAAAUCUAAGAUUUCUUUAUUAUUGUGCUAUACCAAUGCUGUCAUGUUGUGCCACUUGAGUAGUCCUCUUCGGCCACCCUGAGCCAAACUCUGCUCAGCUUUUGUGUGUUGUAUGGGGCUCACAGGGCAAACACAAUGUACUGUAGCUUUACUAACCAGAUGCUUAAGGUUCCCUCCUGCUGCUGCAACACAGAGAGCUACCACUAAAAAACUGCAUCUGUCUGUUCUCUUUACCUGGCUGCUACUUCCACUUCACAGUGCUGGUUGUCGCCAAUACUACUGACCGUGAUCAUAUAACCACUUCAAGCUCACAGCUCACUGACUUGUUCUCUAUUAAAGUCAUAAUGGAAGGCUGAUACCUGCUGUAGUGUGUGUGAAUUGUGACCUUGUGAACAGAGAGAGAGAGAGUGCGAUCACCUUGUCAUAGUCGACAGCAGACCUCAUGUGUUCUGACCUGGUUGGGUCAAUGUUACGUGUAUGGACCUGGAUAAUGUGAUGAAAACAUCAUGACCUUGCUUCAGUAUACAGUGCCUUCCACUCAGGGCAGUUUCUAUCAGCACAAGGAACACAUUCACAGAUCUCUCUUUUGAGAGGUACAAUUAUAACAAACUGUGUUGUGUUUGCAAUAAUCGACUUCCAGCAUUUUUCUUUUUCUUUUUUUUUUUUUAGUCCUGCAGGUAUAUGCCUCAUUUGAUGUUUUGUCUACCUGAAACAAUCCUCACUGCUUCCUAAAGCUGUUUUCCCUUUUUGCUUUCACUGACGACUUCAGAGUGGAUCUGCAUCUCAUGGUUGCAGCUGUGACUGCUUGCUUUAUUAUUUUUGAACUGGAAUUAUAACUGUUAAGUCAGAGGCAAUCUGCUUGGUAACUGAUACUUCCUGCAAGGCAGGGAUGGUAUAAUGAGCAUGACUGACAUGCUGAUGACCUUUAAAAAAACCAUCUAGCGCAUUUUAAGACAACUGAGUAACAAGGUGUGGAUUUAUUGGGUGCUGGAUGUAGGACACCCUCCUUGCAUGAACCGCUCAAUAGACACUGUUGUAUUCAGCAUGGACAGACAUUUGCACUGCACAUAGAGGACAACUAACAUAAUGAUCAGCAGGUUGCACUCACAAACAAAGACAUGUUGUGGGAGAAGAUUUGCCUUGUGAACAAGCUCCACUUUAUUUACACGGCCUGUUUGUAUGUCAUGUUUUUCUUUGUUGCCUCAUUUAAUUUGCCCUGAUGUGUAAUGCCAAUGCAUCACUUAUCGGGAACUGGCACUCAAAAUGUUACUUUAUAAUCACCCAGAGUAACACAAUCACACAAUGUUAAAAUAAAUUGCAAAAUCAA